AUGCUUCCACCGCCUCUUCCUCGCAGCGACUCCUUCACCCGGGGCCGCUCUCGUGCAUCUCCCUCCGUCUCCCGCCACAAGAACCGCCUCUCCCUCACUCUUCCCGUUGCCCUGCAGCUUGGAGAUGGCCCCAGGCUGGCCGACUCACCGGCCAUAAUGACUGCGUCAGCGCUGGCCUCGUCAGUCCCUCAAACGCCAUUGGAGACUCCUGCCAGUGUCGCGACUUCUCCCUCCAAUGCAAACGAAUUUAUAAUAGCAAUUGCAGCACAGGAGCGGAGAGUCUUGGAGUUGAAGGAGGAACUUGCACAGGCCGAAAUUGAGCUGGCAAAGCUGAAGAAGCAGUGGGCUUCAGAGGAAGUCUACCGCAAGAGGAGUGAUAGCCAGAGGGGCGAACUCUUUGGAAGCUCCCAUGCCAGCAUCGACGAUGAUGCCUUGGUGGCGUCGCGACGCAGCGUCGAACUGGAUCGCCGGAAGCAGAUCCUUCAUGGCCAAACCACUCCCGCUCAGUCCCGCCGCAGAGUGAUGCGCGGCGGUCACGCCCGCACACUAUCUCUUCUUUCCCCCGUCCGGACGGACAGCGUAUUCUCUCUCAAUGAAGUCACACAGGCAGACCCGAUCGCCCUCCCAUCGGUGGAACAGAGAACGGCCCAGCUCACCAACCCGACCCUAUCGAAACGUUCGUCCUGGCAACCACGGUCCCAGCAAAGCGUAGCAUCCGUUGUCGGUGUCCCUUCCAUCGUCGAAGACUUUAAGCUAGGAUUCCGCGCCUUCGUAGAGGAUAUUCGCCAGAUUACCGUUGGAGAUGAACCGGUGACCGGCCAGCCGCAGCGACCCUUGUCAACCUCCAUCGCCAAUGCUCGUGAGCAAGAUACGAGUAAGCCGAACCAUGAUACCACCCACACUAGGACCAGCAGUAAUGAAGGUUCCAGUACGGCCACGUCGACCUCAUCCCAAGCUAACAGAACCCCCGAGCUGAAGCCAAAGACUGGGAGAGGGAAGCAAUUCUCCUGGACACCGCUUGGUUUCGACUCUGUUGACGAUACUGAUUGGUCCAACUGGGAUUCCCCCGUCUCCACCAAGUCUGCCCGCUGGAGUGGCUCUACCGUUAAUAGCAGUGGCAUUGAUGACAUUCCGGAAAAGGAGGAUGAGGAAGAUGCCAAGCCGGCGAGGAAAUCCGAUACAUUGCUUCUAUCUCCAGCGCUGGAGGACCUACUUCCUAGCGUGGUUCAUCAUUUAUCCCCGAGCAACCUUAAGAGGACCGCCAACAAUCUGAUGGACGAGUGGGAAAAAUCACUGGUGGCUCCUGAGUCUCGACACAAGGAGACCACUGUAUAG